AAAAUGUCUGUGGUGAUAAGGAAGAAGGAAUCGGAAUUAAAGGGCAGAGUGGCGAGGUUCCAGGCGCCCCCUCCACGCCUCCUGCUGUCCAUCGCCCCAGAUCCCGCCCUGCUGGAGGAGUACGUGCCGCUGCCUACUCAGGACGCCGCUGUGCAGAGUGUCCCCAAGAUGUCCCAGCAUGAGGUGAACACAGAGACAAUUGACUUCGCCAGCUCCGGGAUGAACCACACAGAGGGCGGCUGGCCAAAGGAUGUGUCACUCACGGAGGAUGACCAGAAGAUACGAUAUAAGAAGAAGAUAGAGAAGGAUGAUGGUUAUAUACACUCUAUGCUGCAGCUCGGCGCGAGAAUCGAGCACUGCAUCCGCCAGAACAACGCUAUCGACAUAUACGAGAUGUACUUUGAGGAGGAGGACGAGAGUGCGGUAGUUGAGGACCCAGAGCCUAUCAAGACAGUCAAUAUGAUAAGGGAUCCUCACGCUGGCCUCAGAAUGCUCACCUCCUUGUCUUUCGCUCCUGAAGGUGGACACAAGAUCGCCGCUGCCUACUCCUCCUCUAAGUUCAUGGGGCUGGACGAACACACACCCAAGAAGUCUUACAUCUGGGAUAUUAACACGAGCAGCCAUCCUGAGCUGGAAUUACUGGGAGCAGCGUGGAUACAGUGCCUUCAGUACAACGCUAAGGACAACUGUGUGCUGGCUGCAGGUCUAAGCAACGGACAGGUCUCUUGGUGGGACUCACGGCAAGGGUCUAAGGCAGCGGGCACAACUGGACUGUCGGUAAGCCACAGACAGAUGGUGACGGCGCUUACCUGGCUGGCCCACAAGACGAGGUGUGAGCUGUUCUCUGUCUCGCUUGAUGGACAGGUACUAUGGUGGGACACGAGGAAACUGAGUGAGCCAACAGACAGCCUCGUUUUGGACCCAGCCAAGGAGGACCCGCCUAGCCACGCACGAGCCCUCAGCGCCACUUGCCUUGAGUAUGAACCAACCAUGCCCACGAAGCUAAUGGUGGCGACGGAGCAGGGACAAGUCGUGGCGUGUAAUAGAAGGGCCAGGAGUGCGCCGGAGAGGAUAAGUCUGAUCUACAACGCCCACAUCUCACCCGUCUAUUCCAUACAACGCAACCCAUUUUUCCUCAAGAACUUCCUGACGGUGGGUGACUGGACCAUCAAACUGUGGGCCGAGGACUUCAAGGAGUCGCCCAUCCUGUGGACCAAGCCAGCCCCCGCACAGCUGCGUGGUGGGUGCUGGAGCGCGUCUCGAUCCUCAGUGCUGUUCACGGGGCGCCUUGACGGGGCUCUUGACGCCUGGGACCUGCUCACCUCAUGGACGGCGCCUGCUUCCACGUGUCAGGUGGUGGACGAGGGCAUCGAAGUGGUGGUAACGCACGAGGGUGGCCGUCUCCUAGGUGUGGGCAGUCAGUUGGGCACCCUCUCCCUCCUUCACGUGCCCCCCAGACUGGUGCAGCCCUCUGACAAACACGAGAAACUGGCCUUCACUGCGAUCCUGGAGAGAGAAACACGACGAGAGAGAGUCCUGGAGGCGCGGCACAAGGAACAGAGGCUAAGGGAACGAGUCAAGGGCGGAGGGGCACGGACAGCGGCGGCGGCGGCGGCGGCAGUAGCGGUAGGAGGCGCAGGAGGAGGAGGAGGAGGAGGAGGAGGAGGAGGAGGAGGAGGAGGAGGAGGAGGAGGAGAGAAGGAAAAUACCUCCACUUCACCCGAUGAUCCAAUUAGUAACGCCGAGAGAGACUAUUUCCAGCAGGUAGAGAAGAUCAAGGAGGAGCUGGAGCGGGAGGAGCGGGAGCAGGAGCAGCGGGAGGGGCAGGGCAACAGCGGGGUGUCGGUGGAGGUUACCCAGGCACCUGACGAAGCCACGACCAGCGGGAAUGAACCUUCAAACCGCGCCCAUGGCAUGGAUCAGCUGUCAGCAGGAGAGAGUGACGAGCCGAAGAGUUACUCAAGCAGUGGGUCAGCAGAGAGGUAGUAGAAGAGGCGCUGGCUGACUGCUGACUAAUGGCUGACAGAUGCUUCACUGGUGGCUGAUGGCUGGCUGACUGGUGGCUGAUGGCUGACAGAUGGUUGACUUGUGGCUGAUUGGUGGCUGAUGGCUGACAGAUGGUUGACUUGUGGCUGAUUGGUGACUGAUGGCUGACAGAUGGUUGACUUGUGGCUGAUUGGUGACUGAUGGUUGACAGAUGGUUGACUUGUGGCUGAUUGGUGACUGAUGGCUGACAGAUGGUUGACAGAUGGUUGACUUGUGGCUGAUUGGUGACUGAUGGCUGACAGAUGGUUGACAGAUGGUUGACUUGUGGCUGACUGGUGGCUGAUGGCUGACAGAUAGUUGACUGGUGGCUGAUUGGUGACAGAUGGUUGACAGAUGGUUGACUUGUGGCUGAUUGGUGGCUGAUGGCUCACAGAUGGUUGAGAGAUGGUUGACUUGUGGCUGACUGGUGGCUGAUGGCUGACAGAUGGUUGACAGAUGGUUGACUUGUGGCUGACUGGUGGCUGAUGGCUGGCUAAUGGAUGACUACUAGCUGAGUUACCUAACCUAACCUAACCUAACCUAACCUAACCUAACCUUACCUAACCUUAGCCUAACUUAACCUAACCUAACUUAAAAUAUCCUAAUCAUACUUCACCUUAUCUAAACUGAACCUAACCUAACCUUAUAUAAUGUAACUUAAUUCUAACCUCACUUAAAUCUUAACCUAACUUAACCUAACUUAACCUAACCCAACCUAACCUAACCUAACCCAACCUAACCCAACCCAAUCUAACAUUAUGGGUGAUUAAUUGAUUGUGUGAAGUUUUCGGAUAAAUUGAGAAUGAAAUACUUAAAGGAAAUAAAUAAAUAAAAGAUCAACAACAACAACAAAAAAAAAAAAUGAGUAGACAAACAAUCAAACUGUACA